AAAAUUAUGCAUAAACUACAGGUGAGAAAAACAUUACUUGCCUCAGAAAAUUGCCCAACCCACUCCACUCAAAAAAAUAAUGGUCUGCCCCUAAAAAUAAAUAUAUCAUCUUGCAUUGACAAUACACAGUCCGGUCGUGGUGCUACAGAAUCGACUUCCACUGAGGUUGUUAAUGACUAUGCAUGGAUUCACAAAUGAAGGCAAAGUACAUUUCAAAUUCUUCCACUUCGGACAAUCAAUCUAAGGAAUUCGAGGCCUAUUAAGAAAAACAAGACCUCAUGUCUUUUAUACACACUCGACACAAUUAAAAAAAAACUUCUUUGACUCACGUCACCAUGAGACAUCCUGUCUUGGAGGGAGUGUGGUGCAGCCUAAUUGUGUGACUAUUGCGCGCGGAAUUUGGAAAAUAGUCUAAGUAUAUGACUUGAUGGAAAAUCAACAGAGACAACUAAAAUUGCUUUAAGAACUGGUUUGAGGGUAUGAAAUUGUUUACAUGUAUUCAUUUGUAUAUAAAAGGUACCUUGGUACCCUUGCUAACUGAAUUCAUGUUUGAUUAUUAGUCAUAGCAAGUGAUGUAAUUAAUGUGACCAUGGUUAUCGCGAGGGGUGAUUGUACUGAUGGGGAAGACAAUCAACUAUGGGAGAAACUCAGUAAAAAGAUCGAGGAGAUCUUUACUGGUAAACUGGGCUACGAAAGUCUGGAACAGAAAAAUAUCAGGUGUGGAAGUGUGAUCGUUGAUCUGGCCCUGAAGUUCAAUUCCACUGUAAGAGAAAGCGAGGUUCUUUCUAUACUUCGAGAUGCUAAGGAGAAUGGAAGGUUUGAAGAUCUUCGUGUCAGUGCCAUAAGAGGAACACGAAACACUGGGAUAACACCCACCAUUACCACAACACCUACCAGUUCAUCUGACAGUAAGCAGUCCAUUGUGUAUUUUGAUUUUGUAUUGGGUGGACUGGUGUCUUCUCCGAAAAACUAUAAAAAAUCCAAAAUUUUUGAGUUGGUUAGACAAGAUAGCAAAAGAUCUUUUGCAUCUAUGUAUUGCUAG